AUGGCCUGCACAGCUCUUUUCUUUUCUUUUAUUCAGAAAGGCAAAGAUGUCUUCUUUGGAGAAACUGAAGAUACCUACAUUACCAGUGCUAUCCAGGAGGGGGCUAACAUGGUGGAUGAUCCUAUAUACCAUACACUGAAAAGAAAUCUCCAAAGGAGGGGAAUAGCAGCUCCUGCUCUGCUGCUGGCUUUUUCAAAAUUUCCUGAACAAGAAAGUCAAGAUAUUUCCCAAGCAUCUGAAAGAAUGGAAACUUCAACACAAGUGCUGGAAAAAAAAGUUCACCAGAAGCAGAAACGCUCCCUGCAUCCAAGUGAUCUUUUAUCAGCUGAUUUGCUCAGCAUGAUUGCCAAUAUUUCUGGAUGCCUGCCUUACAUGCUGCCACCAAAAUGUCCAAAUAAUUGCCUAGCCAAUAAAUACCGCCUCAUCACUGGUGCCUGCAAUAACAGGGAACAUCCUAGAUGGGGAGCUUCCAACACUGCUCUGGCUAGAUGGCUCCCUCCAGCUUAUGAAGAUGGAAUCAGUCAGCCCAAAGGAUGGAAUCCCAACUUCUUCUUUAAUGGAUCUCAACUGCCAUUGGUUCGUGAAGUGACAAGAAAAAUUAUUCAUGCAUCUAAUGAGGCUGUUACGGAAGACAAUCUAUAUUCUGAUAUCAUUAUGGUGUGGGGACAAUACAUAAGUCAUGACAUUUCAUUCACACCUCAGAGCACAAACAGAGCUGCCUUUCUAAGAGGAGUAGAAUGCAAGAUGCCAUGUGAAAACCAAAAAUCAUGUUUUCCAAUAAAGGUAUUUGCCAAUGAUACGCUAUCGACAGGAAGAGAGUGCAUGCCUUUUUAUCGUUCAUCUCCUGCAUGUGGCACUGGUGAUCAUAGCAUUCUCUUUGGAAAUCUAUCAACAUUAAAGCCAAGAGAACAGAUCAAUGGUUUAACCUCUUUCCUUGAUGCUUCCACUGUCUAUGGCAGCACACCUGCUGUGGAAAACAAACUAAGGAAUUUUACAAGCAAAGAAGGCCUCCUUAGAACAAAUGUGCGAUAUUAUGAGAAUGAUCGGGAAUACCUGCCUUUUGUAGACCAGGUCCCAUCUCCCUGUGCACAAGACCCUAACUCAGAUGAAGCUGAAAGGAUCGAAUGCUUUAUGGCUGGGGACAGCAGGUCUAGUGAAGUAAUCUCAUUGACAGCUAUGCACACCUUGUGGCUGCGAGAACACAACCGCCUGGCUAAAGCACUGAAAAAACUGAACAGACAUUGGAGCUCGGAAACAGUUUACCAAGAAGCUCGCAAAAUUGUUGGUGCUCUACAUCAGAUUAUUACUCUAAGAGACUAUAUUCCAAAAAUCAUUGGCCCAGAGGCUUUUAAUCAGUAUCUUGGUCUGUAUAAAGGCUAUGAUCACAGAAUAAAUCCCACGGCUUCAAAUGUAUUUUCUACCGCUGCUUUUCGAUUUGGUCAUGCAACAAUACACCCAAUAAUAAAGAGACUUAAUGCUCAGUAUCAAGAUGACCCAGACCUCCCAAAUCUUCAUAUGCAUGAAGUUUUUUUUAGUCCCUGGAGGCUCAUUAAAGAAGGAGGUUUGGACCCUUUACUAAGAGGUAUUCUAGCAAAGUCAGCAAAACUACUGAUGCAGGAUCAAAUCAUGAAUGAAGAAUUAACAGAAAGGCUCGUUGUAUUGUCAAAUAAUGGGUCAUUGGACUUAGCAUCAUUAAAUUUACAGCGUGGACGUGAUCAUGGACUCCCAGGUUACAAUGACUGGCGAGAAUUCUGCGGUUUACCAAGACUGGAAACUCAAACUGACCUGAACACGGUAAUAGCUAAUAGGAAGGUAGCUGAAAAAAUCAUGGAAUUGUACAGCAAUCCAAACAAUAUUGAUGUUUGGCUUGGUGGUCUAGCAGAAAACUUCCUCCCAGGUGCUAGAACUGGCCCACUGUUUGCAUGUAUAAUUGGAAAGCAAAUGAAAGCCCUGAGGGAAGGUGACCGAUUUUGGUGGGAAAACAGUCAUGUUCUCACAGAAACUCAAAGGCAUGAACUAAGAAAACAUUCUUUGUCCCGUAUAAUCUGCGAUAACACAGGCCUCUCAGAAGUGCCACCUGAUGCCUUUCAACUUGGGAAGUUUCCUCAAGACUUUGAGUCAUGUGACAAUAUACCAGGAAUAAAUUUAGAAGUGUGGCAGGAAAGCAAUCAGCAAGAGGAAACAUGUGGAUUCCCAAAGGGAAUAGCAAAUGGAAACUUUGUAUAUUGCUCAGAAUUUGGAAAAUCCAUGGUGAUUUACUCAUGUCAACAUGGGUACCAACUCCAAGGAGAAGAACAAUUAACCUGUACAAGCAGAGGAUGGAAUUUUCAACCACCAGUUUGUAUAGAUAUCAAUGAAUGUGAAAACCAAAUUAAUCCAUCGUGCCACACAUCUGCUAAAUGCAUUAACACCAUAGGCGGCUACCAGUGUGUUUGCACAGAUCCUUACGAACUGGCAGAAGAUGGAAGAACGUGCUUAGAUUCUGGAAGGAUUCCUAAAGGCUCUUUAAUCUCCAUCAUUUUAGGAGUUACUAUGGUCAGUGGUUUGGCAGUAUUAAGCUGGAUAGUAAUUUGCCAGUGGACGCAGUCUGCUAAUGGAUCAGCUCAAGCAAACAUGUUAAAGGAUAGAACACAUCUAUCUGCAGAAACAGACAGCAAAAAACACCAUGAAAUGAAGACUUCACAGCCCAAUAUAUUAGUUGAACCAGCUGAUAAGGAUCAUGCCAAUGGUCCCCAGAUACUACUCUGCAUGUAA